CGUCGGCGGCCAUUUUGUUAGCUCUGUGUAGCCGUGCAGAGUUCGUUCAUCAAAUAUCACAGAAAGCAACAACUUGUGGACUGUUUUGCUGACAUUGCGUUGUCGAGGUCACACGUGUAAGCUGGAACGAGACGUGUUGGUCCGCUGACAUUAAACAUAGUCAUUCAUUUUCCGGGCCGCUUUUGAGUUUGCUAGCUCUUCGGCUAGCUGGCUAACUUGUUUACGUGUUUCGUUGUGAAGCAAACGUUUUGUUUCCAUGACCGCCAGCUUCUGAAUGUUACAGCCAUCGGAUGAGCACUCUCUGUCCGCUUUUGCCUCCUCUUGUUUUGCGCUUUUUGGUCAGAAAGAAGUAAAGUAGAGCCAAGGUUUGAGACCUUCAAAACCCGCGUUGCCCCCCUCGGUGGUUUGACCAACAACUUGAGCUCCGUCAUCAGCUGACUGCUCUCGGACCAGCGGUCGGCCGUCCCGGAGCGACAUGUCAGAGCUGUACAUUCGGGUGGCUGAGGAUGAGAACGAGGAGCCCAUGGAGAUCCCCUCGGAGGACGACGGGACGGUCCUGCUGUCCUCGGUGGCAGCGCAGUUCCCGGGGGCGUGUGGUCUGCGGUACAGGAACCCGGAGUCCCAGUGCAUGAGGGGGGUCCGGCUGGUGGAGGGGGUCCUCCACGCACCAGAGAGCAGCUGGGGAAACCUGGUCUAUGUCGUCAACUACCCCAAAGAAUCCAUUUAUUCUUCAGAUAACAAGAGGAAGAUGGAGGAAAUAGACGCAGCGUCGGCCGUUAAAGUGAAGAGAGGUUUUCAGAAAACGUCCGAUCUCAUAGUCCUCGGGCUGCCGUGGAAAACAACAGAACAAGACCUGAAGGAUUAUUUUAGUACCUUCGGGGAGGUCAUCAUGGUGCAGGUGAAGAGAGAUGCAAAAACUGGCAACUCAAAAGGUUUUGGGUUUGUCCGCUUUGCUGACUACGAGACACAAACUAAAGUCAUUGCUCAGAGACACAUGAUCGACGGGCGAUGGUGUGACUGCAAACUUCCAAACUCAAAGGCAUCUCCGGACGAACCGAUGCGCAGCCGUAAAAUCUUUGUCGGCCGCUGCACCGAGGACAUGACGACAGAUGACCUGAGGCAGUACUUCAUGCAGUACGGUGAAGUCACAGACGUCUUCAUUCCCAAACCUUUCCGGGCGUUUGCGUUCGUCACGUUUGCUGAUGAUCAGGUCGCCCAGGCACUGUGUGGAGAGGACCUGAUCAUCAAGGGCGUCAGCGUGCACAUCUCCAACGCUGAGCCCAAACACAAUAACAGUAGGCAAAUGAUGGAUCGGGGGCGGUUUGGGGCCGGCGGGUUCAGUCAGGGCUAUGGCAGUAGUCGCGGUGGGCUAGGCAGCGGAAGCGGAGGGGUCAACUUUGGGGCUCUGGGCCUGAACCCAGCAAUGGUGGCGGCAGCUCAGGCGGCGCUGCAGAGUAGCUGGGGGAUGAUGGGCAUGCUGGCUAACCAGCAGGGGCUGACCACAGCGGCAGGCACGGUCUCUACCACCAGAGAUCAGACGUACAGCUCUGCCAGCACCAGUUACAGCAGCCCCAGCUCCGCCAGCCUGGGCUGGGCUGCAGGCACUAACACCGCCUCCAGCAGCGGCUUCAGCUCCGGCUUUGGCACGUCAAUGGAGUCUAAGUCGUCUAGUUGGGGGAUGUAGAUAGCGGAGAGUUGACGUUUUUUUUUCUCUUUCUGUUAGGCCAAUCUGGUAAGUAUACCUACAGGAAGGAAUGGCUUAUAUCUUAUUUAAAAAAAAAAAACAAGCAAGAGAAACACUGCCUUUUUAUUUUAUUAAAGCAAACAUUUCUACUUGUGUGAGACUGGCUGUGUAGUCAUGCAUCGAGUGGGUGAAAAGUUUAGUCUGUGGGAAUCCUCCCAGCUCCGUAGCUUUUGUCUGUGAGAACAUGUCACGUGCAUGCACCAUAACUAUUUAUAGCCGUGCACGAGUAUGUUGAGGCCUCCCCACAGUCCGCUGUCAGCUGGCUAAAUAUAUAUUUAUGCAUUAUAUUGUAUUUUUUUGUUUUAUUUUUUUUUUUUUUUCCUUUUGGAAACGCCUUCAUGAACGUUUCUUCCGCAGUUCACCAACUCUUUCACAAUUUCCCGGGAGGAGUCGCAUCAUUGGCUGCAAUGUUCGGCAGGUCUCAGUAUCCCUUCCCCUCCUCCCACGUGUAAAUGCUUUAUCGUCCGAGAACACAGCUUCACUCUGCGUAUACGGUGUUAGACGGUGGGUGCUGCCUUUCUUUCCCUCUCCUCCUCCCCUCCCCCCUUUUUUUUUUUGUUUUAAUUUCUUUUUUCGGGAUAUAGAAAUCUUGUCUGCCCCUGUCGCUUUUUUUGAUCUCGAUGAGUGGAUUUGGUGUUGGACCGAAUGAGAGUGAGCAAGAGGAAGGAGAGGAAGUACUGUUUGUGCUUUAUUUUUUAUUUUUUUAUUUUUUUUGAAAGACAAAUGCCUGCGAGAGAUGAGAAGAACCUGUGGCUUUGUGCGAGUGUGAGAGGAAGAAGCAAAAGUACGUGUGUGUUCUCAGUGACCAUCACAAGGACAUUUCUUGCAUCUCAAGAUCCCUGAGUUUUCUGCUUUCUCAUAUCGUUUUCUAUCCAACCCUGAUUCUUAACACAAAAAAAAAACACUGAACUGUCAAGUGCUACGAAUAUCUGUAUCUUUUAGUAGAUCUUUUUCUUGCUGUCCAAUUUGAUGUGAAUGCUUGUCUUAUUUUCUCCUUGUUACCACCCUCUUCGUGUGAAAAUGUGACUUUGUUUGUGAAGUCUGUGUGAAGGGGGGGGAACGCAGAAAGAGUGCUGACGUUUGGAAGCUGUUCCUGGUGAAUGUUUGAAUCGUUCCCAUUGAAAGUUUGUGUUUGAAGUGGUUUCGAAUGCAUUUUCUAUGUUUUGUGAAUCGAAGGGAAGUGUGAAAUAAAAUUUAAUUUGACUAGGGAAAAUACCCUCUUGACAAAGACUUGUUUUUGACUUUAAUCGAACUGCCAACACUUUAAUUCACAUGUUUAGGAUCGGCGGAUAUGGAAAAGCCAGAUUUUCUUCUGAGACCUGGUGUGGAGUCGGCCCACGCUGAAGAUGAAGACGGAAUCGCCUUAAAUCGGGGAAGGAUCCACGGCGCCUCGUUAGCAAGAAACAAUUCGACCACCCACUAAGAGCAAUGAUAUUAAAAUUAUAUUCAGAUGGCCUGUUUUUUGUUUUUUGUUUUUGUUUUGUUACGUAUUGGGACCAAAGUCAACCUGCUAGUUUGAAAUUUCACUUUUGUCCUUCAGAAACUGUUAAAUUCUACCUCGCUAGACCAUGUUCAUAAAUAUCUUUCACUUCACAAGUUAUUAGUAAAUGUGAGUAUAAAACAUUAAUGUAGUCAGAAGUUGUAUUAGAAUAGCAGGAUGUGUUGAUAGUUGUUUACUUUCACUAAGUGUAUUGGGAGUUUACAGUUUAACGAUUUGAGCUCAACAAAUGCAGUUUGUGUAUUGAGAUACUAGUGUGGCAUUGUAAAAUAAAAAUGUAGUUUUUUUUUUAA